AUGCAGCCCAUAGCAGCGCCACCCAAAGAUGUAGUGGCACCUACCAGGCCUAUAUCUAUGGAGGAUUUCAUGAAACACCGGUCGGCCAAGUUCUCUGGUAAGGUCACUCCUGAUGAGGCAGAUGCUUGGAUGCAGGAGUGUGAGAAGAUCUGUCGGGUGUUGGAAUGCAAGGAUGAGCAGAAGUUGUUGUUUGUCACAUUUCUCCUCGUGGCAGACGCGGAGUACUGGUGGCAGGGGAUGCAGCAGUUGAUGCAGACCCGUGAGGAGCAAGUGACCUGGGCUACCUUCAGGACGAGGUUCUUGGAGAAAUAUUUACCGGACAGUGCGAGGCAUGAGCGGGAAGUAGAGUUCCUCACGUUGCAGCAGGGAACCAUGAUUGUGGAGGCAUACAUUGAGAGAAUCAAAGAGUUCCCAGUUUUGGUCGAGCAGGCCAAAAUAGUUGAGCAGCUGGAGAUGGGGCCCAACCGAGCAGCACGGCCACAGAAGGCUGUGACAGACACUCGUCAGCAGAAGAAACCUUAUAGCAGGCCACCGACUACCUUUAGGAGGCUACAGUGCUAUAAUUGUGGCGGGGAGCACUUGAGGAGAGAUUGUACGAGACCUGCCAGUAGUACAGGUGGAGGCAGUAGCACUGCUGGAGGUGCGCCAACUAAGAAACCUCUAGGAGAUCGGCCCAGAGCACCAAGGCGUGUGUUCGCCUUAACGACUACAGAGGCAACCCAAUCAGGUAAUUUAUUAAAGUUCAUCUGUUUGUUGUGUGACCACGAGGUGGUGGUGUUCUUUGACUCGGGGGCCACUCAUUCAUUCGUGUCUAAUGAAUGCGUGGGGAGGCUCGGACUUGCUAUGCGAGAGCUGGAAUGCGAAUUGAUAGUCGCUACGCCAGCAUCUAGAGAGGUAUCCACCACUUCUAUGUGCGUGGGGUGUCCUAUAGAGGUGGCAGGCCGCAGGUUCACUCUGAAUCUUAUUUGCCUGCCGAUGGAGGGUCUGGAUGUGAUUCUAGGCCUGGACUGGUUGUCGAGCAACCAUGUUGUCAUUGAUUGUGGACGACGUAGGGUAGUGUUUCCGGAUACAGUGGGGUUGGAAGUUAUCUCGUCUAAUCAGGCAGUAAGGGAGAUUGAGGCUGGGGCUACAUGCUAUGUGAUAGUGGCUCAUGCGGAGAAGAUGAGUACAACAGAGAAAAUCAGCAGGAUUCCGAUAGUGGAGGAAUACGCAGAUGUAUUUCUGGAUGAGAUUCCAGAGUUGCCACCUAGCAGGGAUGUGGAUUUUUCCAUUGAUCUCAUCCAUGGCACUGGGCCAGUUUCUAUGGCACCGUACAGGAUGGCGCCUGCUGAGUUAGCCGAACUAAAGAAAGAGAUCGAGGAUCUACUUGAGAAGAAGUUCAUCCGACCGAGUGCAUCACCGUAG